AUGGGCAAUUCGGGCUGGGCCGGCCCCCCAAGCGAGGAAACACAAAAGGCCAAUUUUCGCAAGUGCCUUCAAAGAGAAUGCGUGCCACAGGUACAAGAUGCCUUGCAGCUUCGCUCCGUGGCCGAGAUGGGCACCAAGUUUGGCAUGGUGACGGCUGGGCGCGCUGAAACCCGACUAGAUCCAAGUCGAUCGGAAGCGGCACAGUUGGCUGCCCGUGCCGAAACAGGCUUGCUUGCCUGCGAACACCAAUGUGCCAAAAGGAAUUGGCCCGCGGCAUUGGAACAGCCAUGGCUCGGGACCGUGUCCAUUGACAUGGCAGGUGUUGCCAAAGACAGGACAGGUGGACAACGAUCCAGACUGGUUCCGAAUUGA